GUCAUGCUGGGAAAACCUCCCACCCAGACCUUUGCCCAGAGUCCAGGGUCUGUGCCCUAACCCCACAGUCACUGAGAGCCACUGAAGUCCACAUAAAACAGACAUCUCUUGUUUUCCAGGUACUAAGGGUCAUAAUCCCUAACUCCAAUCACUGGUAACUCCUGAGAUCAAAGGAAAACCAGCAACGGCGUGGGAGUUUGGGGAAAGGCAUUCCAUACCGGAUUCUGUGGCCUGCAGAUGAUAUACUGCCUAAGAUAAGCAGGAGUCUGUAACAGCCACCCCAACACCUGAUGUCAUGGCCAGUAGGGAAGAUGAGCUGAGGAACUGUGUGGUAUGUGGGGACCAGGCCACAGGCUACCACUUCAACGCGCUGACUUGUGAGGGCUGCAAGGGUUUCUUCAGGAGAACAGUCAGCAAAAGCAUUGGUCCCACCUGCCCCUUUGCUGGAAGCUGUGAAGUCAGCAAGAUUCAGAGGCGCCACUGCCCAGCCUGCAGGUUGCAGAAGUGCUUAGAUGCUGGCAUGAGGAAAGACAUGAUACUGUCGGCAGAAGCCCUGGCAUUGCGGCGAGCAAAGCAGGCCCAGCGGCGGGCACAGCAAACACCUAUGCAACUGAGUAAUGAGCAAGAAGAGCUGAUCCAGACACUCCUGGGGGCCCACACCCGCCACAUGGGCACCAUGUUUGAACAGUUUGUGCAGUUUAGGCCUCCAGCUCAUCUGUUCAUCCAUCACCAGCCCUUGCCCACCCUGGCCCCUGUGCUGCCUCUGGUCACACACUUCGCAGACAUCAACACUUUCAUGGUACAGCAAGUCAUCAAGUUUACCAAGGACCUGCCUGUCUUCCGUUCUCUGCCCAUUGAAGACCAGAUCUCCCUUCUCAAGGGAGCAGCUGUGGAAAUCUGUCAUAUCGUACUCAAUACCACUUUCUGUCUCCAAACACAAAACUUCCUCUGCGGGCCUCUUCGCUACACAAUUGAAGACGCAGCCCGUGUAUCUCCCGCAGUGGGGUUCCAGGUAGAGUUUUUGGAGUUGCUCUUUCACUUCCAUGGAACACUACGAAAACUGCAGCUCCAGGAGCCUGAGUAUGUGCUCUUGGCUGCCAUGGCCCUCUUCUCUCCUGCUCCCUAUCUUACAGACCGACCUGGAGUUACCCAGAGACAUGAGAUUGAUCAGCUGCAAGAGGAGAUGGCACUGACUCUGCAAAGCUACAUCAAGGGCCAGCAGCAAAGGCCCCGGGAUCGGUUUCUGUAUGCGAAGUUGCUGGGCCUGCUGGCUGAGCUCCGGAGCAUUAAUGAGGCCUACGGGUACCAAAUCCAGCACAUCCAGGGCCUGUCUGCCAUGAUGCCACUGCUCCAGGAGAUCUGCAGCUGAGACCAGGCUCACUUCCUUCCCCAGAUCACCUGGGACACCCUGGAUACACUGGAGCGGGGAAAUGCUGGGACCAAAGAUUGGGCUGGGUUCAAAGGGAGCCCAGUGGUUGCAAUGAAAGACUAAAGCAA